AGGGCAUUGAUUUUGAUUUUUGGACCGGAGGAUUUUUUGGACAUGGAGAAGUAGUACUUAGUUGUUAAAGCUGUUGCGUCGAAAACAAGUACUUCAGACGAGCUAUUGAAGUAUUUCUGAAAAUCACAAGGAAAGAAACGUAAAAAAAAAUUCCCGCAAGUCCAUCUCCAUCUCAGCAUUGUGCAUAACAACGACUAUCAUAUUUUUUAGGACGGCCACGCUGUCAAUAUUACGACCUAUUUCAUCUUUUAUAUAUUGUGGAAGCGUUUCGCUCGACGAAAGCUUUUUUUUGGAAAACUUUAACUACUGAAAAAACGUGGACAGUAUUGCUAUCGCGUGGAGAAUUGGCCUCAUGAGACGGGAAGUCUCGCUUCUUCUUCUACUGCGGUAUUGAUUUUACUAUAUCGAAUCAACGAGCAGAGGCUACUUACAUAGAUUUUUCCAGAAGUAUGGAAGGGCACUGCGGCUAGCAAAAGCGAAAGUAUUUCUAUUUCUAAAUAACCUUAGGCCAGGGUCUUUAGAAGUACAUCCAUAUGUGGGAAAGUGUUUCUGCCCUGUUAGAAAAUAAUUUGUUUUAUUCACCUUCCGGGGCAACUUUCUCACUCUUCCUAGCCUUCUUCUGAAGAUGGUCAUGGAGAGACUUUAUAACUACUGUUCGCUAUUAUGCUAGUAUUCUCAGUAGCCUGCUUCCUCGACGAUAGUUUUUGCUUUGGCGAACCAGCAACCAAAUUGUAAUCCGAAACAAGUUUGGAAAAUAAGAGUUUUGCACUGCGGCCGGCUACUUCUACAAUUUACUUCACGGCGAAAUUAUGCUAAUCUUUCGUGGCAGCCAUGUGGCGAGGCCUAUACAUUUUGACGUCGAAGUAGACCACGACGACCCGCCUAGUUGUGCUCACAAUCCAGGAGCUCCUGCCAAUACAACACAGCUUUCAACACAGCUGAGCCGAAACAAGAACAACGAAUUGCUAGAAGCCACGAAAGAAACUGCGAUGGAAAAUUACGCAUUCCUUCGAGGACAUGCGUGCAACGGGCUAUAAUUUUUUGGUGGAAUUAAAACAAAAAUAAGCUAUUAAUGUAUAUCAACCAGCGUCAGCAAAUACAAAUAGGUUUAGUAUGCAUGGUCACAGCGAAAUAAACUUCUCGAAGAACGACCUGAAAAAAUAAAAAUGAUCGUCGAGGCGGACAUGAUAUGAUAUCAAAAGUGCACGGGAUCAUGGCGAGAGGCCGAUUACACAUAUCACAGCUACAAAAACAACCAAAAACCACUCCAAGAGCACCAGUAAAAAUAAGUAGGUCCACAACCAGUAGUAUUGAAUGUAUAACGCCUCUGGAAUUUUAAAAGGCAGUGUAUUCAGACUGUAGGACCGCAUGAAAAAAGUGUACAUGAUGUGAAGACGAGAUGAGUAGCAUGAUGUCUGAGUCUACGACUCGGAGGACAGGAGAUGAAAGAGUUUUUCUUUCAAAGCAACAAUGAACAUGACAAUAUCUCCCCAGAGCAGUAGGAAAGGAACGUUCGUCACUACAACUCUGCGCCCGAAAUGAAUGGUGGGUUAGCGCAGAUAGUAAAACGUGAGCUGGACGACGUCGCUCCUACUUCUAGCGGCGAACAUUACUGUCGAU